GUUUCAGUUAUUGUCAUACCCCAGUUGUGUACACACUGUUUUGACGUUAAGAUUUUUGCUGACUUUUUAUUUAUAAACAGAAACACGGAAAAACAUGGUGUAAACCGUGAUCCAAACACCAACACACACCGCCCACGUUUUUGUUGUUUUGCACUUUGCAAUUGCGAACAGCGAGUAUCGCCUCCGGUACUCCAUAGAUUAGGCACCCAAGUUUUACGCUGCAUAGAAAUUGAUUCGAAGAGAAGAAGGAAAGGCAACCAAGCGGAGAUACAGAGAGAGAAAAAGAAAGUGUUCGGACGGCCUUGGGCUGAAAAACGGGAGCAGCGAUAAGCAACCCAAUUAAGUAGCCCAGGCUGGUGGGUUCAGUAGGUCACUGCCGCACCGUUUUCGCAAGGGGGCAGUGGCCCAAGGACAUCCGGGAGGAGGCCAUACACCAUCCACCACCCACCCAUCUACACCCACUGCAAAGGAUAUAGAGCCAGCCACCCAUCAAUUGGCAAUGAGACGGUGCGCUGGCAAUGCGCUCACUUGAAGGCAGCCGUCGUCGACAGGUCGAGCAGCUGCAUCUGGUUCUGGAAGCCAAGGAUCAGGAUCAGGAGCUCAAUACCCGACAAGAGCAGGAGCAGUCAGUCGCACGGCCAUCGAUGGCCAACGAACGCAAGCAGAGCAGUCCCAAGGUGGAGCUAACAAAGCUCAGUCACGACCUGAUCGAGGAAUGUAAACGCAGCCAGGAGGACUCGCUGCUGUCGCGCCACCUGCGCCACGAACUAGAAAAGCUACCCCGCGAUUCUCGUCGCGAGUUGGUGCGAAAGCAGCGAAAUGGCUGCGCGCCCCUCUUUAUCGCCUGUAAACGAGGUGCCGUGGACAUCGCUGAGUAUCUGAUCACCAUUUGCGAGGCGAACAUCGAACAGAGGGGCCACUUCGAGGUGCCGGAGGACAAUAGCUUUCACUAUGUGUCGCCACUAUGGGCGGCCGUCGUUUCGGGGAAGUUGUCCAUGGUCAAGUACCUGGUACGUAUCGGUUGCGACAUCAAUGCCACCUCCGAUUCGGGAUCGACGCCCGUGCGAAGUGCUUGCUACAUGACCCACGUUGAUAUCGUCAAGUUCCUGGUUGAAAACGGAGCAGACAUCAAGCGACCCAACAUCAAUGGCGGCACCUGCCUGAUUAACUCGGUGCAGUCGGUGCAGUUGUGCUUGUAUCUAGUGCGCAAGGGGGCAGACAUUAAUGCUAGGGACAUUCAGGACAAGACGGCGCUCCACUACGCAAUCCAGGAGCACCGGCUGGAUACGACGAAACUGUUGAUUGAGCAAGGCGCAGACCCAUAUGCCAGGAGUCGGUACGGUGACGAUGCCCUUCGAACUGCAUGCCUUAAGGGAGCACAUCACAUCUUCGACUUCUUGAAAAAGCAGCUGCACUACACGCCUGCUAGGCUCGCAGAAGCCCACGAGCUGAUGGGAUCCACGUUCCUCGAUGAGCACAACGAGUCGAGGGUGUGCAUCCUGCACUGGCGCAUGGCGCACCACAUCCGGGCAGCUUAUUCACCGUAUAUAGAGAAAAAGCCGCAGGUUCCUUUGCGCACUGCUUACGAGAAUGCAGUGGAGUUUAGUACGCUGGAGGAGCUGGAUAACAUUGCCACCGACAUGGAUGCAAUGCGGACGCAGAGCCUACUUAUUUGCGAGCGUGUUCUGGGACUGACCCAUAAGGAUAUGCUCUUCCGCUUAACUUUCAGGGGUGCUUCGUAUGCGGACUCACUCCAGCUGCAACGCUGCAUUGAUCUGUGGCGUUUUCUGCUCGAAGUGCGCGUAUCCAACUGGUCUAUCCUGCAUUUUGAAACUUGUUUUGCGGCACAGGCGCUGGUGCGUUUAAUGUUGGACUUGCAUGUCCAGAACUCAAGUCAUAUAAGAAGCGAUGCCAGAGCAAGGUUUGUCCAUCAGGAUAAAGUGCUGCCCAGGUUCGAGGAUGUGCUUGGUGUAUUUCGAACACUGUCGGAAAGCGCCAUUGUCGUGAAGCAUCUGCUGCUCUUGAGGCCUGUUUUCAGGAGACAGCAGGAGAAUUACGACCGGGUGAUGAGGUGCUUGGCUCACCUUAUCUAUUUGCUGAUCAAUACCGUCCACACGGAGGCGCAGAACAAACUCAUCUGCCAGGCGGUCCACGAAGCGGUGGUGGUGGGAAACUUGCGAAGUGCCAGCACCGCCGACACCAUGCUCCAUCUCUGCGCCUCUCGGCUAAAUGUAAUUAAGAGCGGCUACAUCACUGAUGACAACUUUGCCGAUACUGUGUUCCCCAAUGCGGAUGUCAUCAAACUGCUCAUCCAGUGCGGCGUUGAUGUCAACACAAAGAACGAAGCCAAAUCCACUCCUCUGCAUGUGGCCUGCCAGCCAUACAACUAUGACAAUGAGAUUGUUCACCUUUUGCUCAAGUGCGGAGGUGACAUCGAUCAGCCGAAUCGCGCUGACAAGCGGCCCUACGACUUAAUAGCCUCCAAUCCCACCAGCACCAUUCCACUGCUCAACUUUGUAACCCUGCAGUGUUUGGCGGCCACGGCGAUAAGCAAACACCGGAUACCCUACCACAAUCAGCUGCACAGGCAGCUCGAGAAGUUCGUGCGAAACCACGAACCGUAAGGAGAUAGUUUAGCUGGAAAAAAAAGCUGAAUCGAAGCCGGAUAUGUGUUUAAUGUCUAUGUCUUGUCUAAAUUAAGGCGUUUCAACCUAGGAUGCUUACCUCCUUAUGGAAUUUUCAAAAUUUCACCAGUGUCGGUAACUUUGUUUCGCUCUAUAUAUUAAAUACAGAUAUCUAUAUACCUAUUGUUAAAUCGGCUCUACGUAGUUUAAUACUCCAAUUGAGUUCAGAAGAUAUAGAUGCAAAAUCAGAACAAAUAUUGUAACAGAACAAGCAAAAAGUGUAAACGAUGAACGUGAUAUUAAAAACUAUAUAUAUAUAUAUAUAGAGUGUAUCGGAAAUAUUAAUAUUUUAGAGAACUUACAAAGCGGAUGGCGGAUUUUAGUAUUUAACAAACUCUGCUCUGCUGUUUGAUUAUUAGAUCCUAGAGAGAGCAACUCAUUGUAACGCCAAUACAGUUUACACAUUAUCUAAAUACACAAAAUUACGCCUGAAACAUAAACUAAACAUACUAUAAACAUAUACAUAUAUAUAUAUACACGCAACUAGAAUAACUAAUUGAACACUUGUUGAACCACUAAUAUCGAAUUCGAUAGCUGAAUGUGAAUUGCAAAUUGUGAGAGGGCCAAAGUCACCGAAUCUGUUCGACAGCAUUUGUCCCUUAACUUCUUAUGAAUGCCGCGCUUUCUAGACCUAUGUACUACUAUGUGUGGGUCAUUAUACUUAACAUUAUUAUCUUGGCCUACAGCAAGUAUUUUAACAAUCGUUUCUGUGAGACCGAUGGCUUGAGUUCGUUUAGCACGCGUGUUGCAUAAGCCGGAUCGAAUAAUUAUCUAACUAAUUUUGAGUAAAACGCCAGUCUAAUCAAUAAAUUGAAUAGUUAACAGUUUACUGUCAAUAAAUUGAUUGAUAUCAUUUAAUUGGGUGUCUAAAGGAUCCAAAAAUACCUAUCAAAAUUUCAUAUUUAUGUUGCUUAUACUUGAAACGAAUAAGAAACUAUCCUAUUAAAAUAUGUCGGAAAUCGAUCCUCAAUCAUUUGUCAGUAUUUGUUCAACAGCCCAUGUAAAACUGUCAGCUUAAGCGUAGAAAAAACAAAACAUGAUUCGAUACACAUGCUUAUUGAAAAAAAAAAAAACAUUUUAUUUUCUUUGGUUUUGUGGUCAUCCG